GUCAUGUGACGUCAUCACAAGCGAAGCCCCUGAAACUAGCGGAAGCAGAGGGAGUUUUCGCUUCCCACCAUCAACAACCAAAGCAGGCCGCUGUGAAUUAAAUAUCCGACAAAGCGCUCUGGGUCGCGCGGCUUUCUGCACAGUCAUCAAGAAUCACCGAAAAUGACGGUGGCAGUGUUUUUUGGCUGUACCUUCAUUGCCUUCGGCCCGGCAAUCGCUCUGUUCCUGUUUACCAUCGCCCGGGAGCCUCUGACAUUUUGGUCAUGUGACGUCAUCACAAGCGAAGCCCCUGAAACUAGCGGAAGCAGAGGGAGUUUUCGCUUCCCACCAUCAACAACCAAAGCAGGCCGCUGUGAAUUAAAUAUCCGACAAAGCGCUCUGGGUCGCGCGGCUUUCUGCACAGUCAUCAAGAAUCACCGAAAAUGACGGUGGCAGUGUUUUUUGGCUGUACCUUCAUUGCCUUCGGCCCGGCAAUCGCUCUGUUCCUGUUUACCAUCGCCCGGGAGCCUCUGAGGGUCAUCUUCCUCAUAGCAGGAGCGUUUUUCUGGCUUGUCUCUCUCCUAUUGUCCUCUCUGGUUUGGUUUAUCUCCGUUCAGGUAAGUAAUAAGGACAGUGCGGUUCAGCAGAAAGGCCUCCUCAUAUUUGGCGUGGUGCUGUCCGUCCUCCUGCAGGAGACCUUCCGCUUCGCUUAUUAUAAACUGCUGAAGAAAGCAAACGAAGGCCUCCUCACCCUCAGUCAGGAGGAAACUAUGCCCAUCUCUAUCCGACAACUGGCCUACGUGUCUGGCCUUGGCUUUGGAUUCAUGAGUGGCGCGUUCUCCGUGGUGAACAUUCUGGCUGACUCUGUUGGCCCGGGGACUAUCGGGAUCCAUGGAGACUCGCAGCACUACUUUUUGUCUUCAGACCUUCCAGAACCCGGAGUAUGUUGCCAGCCUGGUUCCCACCUAUAUUAUCUUGUUCCUAAUGGGUGUUUGGGCCUUUUACUCCGCUGGCGGGUCCCUCAGGAGCCUCAAACUUUGCCUGACCUGCAAAGACAAAGAUUUCCUGCUUGCCAGCCACCGAUCCAGAUAACGCAACACUCCAGGGAGCUCGCAGGACUCUCCAUCCAAAAAUCUCUCUCACAUGCACUGAACACCAUGAGUGGGUGCUCGUCCUCCAUUUUUUCUGAAUUUUGAAUUUGAAUCCAAGGGUAUUUUUUUUUGUUUUAAAAAGACCUCUAAAAGCACUGACUGCUUUGCAGAGGAAAAAUAACAUUUUGAGAGAUUCACAUCCACUUUCGGUAAAGCUCAAUUUGCUUAUGAGAGAGAGUCUUUGAUAUAAAAUGUGGUUCUGCGCACAAAUAUGAACUCCUGUGCUGAAAAGUGCCCCAUUUUUUUGAUUUGCUUUAAUGUUAUAGGACGUUUCAAUGUUGAUUCUCACUGCUCCAACACUAUGAAGUAAUAUUGUCCGACGCUCCGAUAGCUUGUGUUUUUGGAAUGAGUCAUGUUUUUUAAAGGAUGAAUUUUGAACAAUGAAAAAAAAUCGAUCUAAUGGACAUCAUCCCCACUAAGUAAAUGCUUGACAACAUCCAGCAGUAUACACACGUGGAUAAAAUUGUUGGUACCCCUCUGUUAAUGAAAGAAAAACGCACAGAAAUAUCAUUCAUUCCUUCAUUCUCUUCCGCUUUUCCGAGGUCUGGUCGCGGGGGCAGCAGCUUGAGCGGAGAUCCCCAGACUUCCCCUCUCCCCAGCCACUUCCGGGGGGGAAUCCCGAGCUUGGAGACAUAGUCUCUCCAGCGCGUCCUGGGCAGCCUCCCGGUGGAACGUGCCCGGAUCACCUCACCAGGGAGGCGUGCAGGAGGCAUCCUAAUCAGAUUAUCUCAGAGCCACCUCAUCUGGCCCUUCUCGUACUCGGAGGAACAGCGGCUCGUCUCCGAGCCCCUCCUGGAUGACCCGGAUCCUCACCUUAUCUCUCAGGGAGAGCCCGGACACCGUGCGGCGGAAACUCAUUUCGGCCGCUUGCGUCUGUGAUCUUGUUCUUUCGGUCACGAGCUGUGAGUCGUGACCGAGGUUAUAGGUGAGGUUAGGAAUGGAGAUCGACCGCUAAAUUGAGAUCUUAGCCUCUUGGCUUAGCUCCUUCUUCACCACGACAGACCAAUACAGGGUCUGCAUAUGCUGCACCGAUCCGCCUGUCGAGCUCCCGCUCUAUUCUUCCCUCGCUCGUGAACAAGAUCCCAAGCUACUUCAACUCCUCCACUUGAGGCAGAUUCUUCUUCCUGACCCAGAGAGGGCACUCCACCCUUUUUCGACGGAAGACUAUGGCCUCGGAUUUGGAGGUGCUGAUUUUCAUCCCAGCCACUUCACACUGAUAUGACACACACAUAUCACACAGUCAUAAAUAUUCAGAGCCUUUGCUCAGUAUUUAGUAGAAGCACCCU